AUGCAUGAAAAACAUAUUAUUACAACUCAACGAUGGUAUACAGCACCAAUAACAAUGAAAAAUAUGUCUGUAAUUAAUGUUAAUAUCUAUGCAGUUCAAACACUUGAUAGACAUCAUUUAAAUAAAUUAAAUAUUUCAUUUGAUAAUAGUCAAAUUGUUAAUCUUAAUAAUGAAGAGAAUAAUAUUGAACAAUGGACUAUUGGUCGUGAUAUAGCAUUUCAUAUUGGUUGGAAUUUAACUAUUAUACCUCAUAUUAAAGAUUUAUGUUUAAACGUAACAAUAGCAACAUUAAUUGGUUUUUAUCCAAUGGCACGGACAAUAUUAGCUGCAUUAGGUUCACUUAUUGAUCCAUCGAUUGGUAUUACACUUGUUUCUUUUCUUACAUUUACUAAUUCAAUUUCAAUUGCAAUUAUUGUUGCACCAAUUGUUGGACUUUCUGUAAAAAAUUCUCCUAAAUAUUAUCGACAAAGAAUUAAUCGACAACAAUGA